AAAGCAAAAACAAACAUAAAGAUCCUUGAGUUCCCACUCACAUAGUCACACUACAUUUGUAUCACAUUUAUAUACAUAGAAAUGGAAAGCGUUAGAAGUUUAGUUGAAGACAAACCAGUGGUGAUAUUCAGCAAAAGCUCUUGCUGCAUGAGCCACUCAAUUCAAACACUGAUCUCAGGGUUUGGGGCAAAGAUGACGGUCUACGAGCUAGACCAAUUCUCAAACGGUCAGGAGAUCGAGAAGGCAUUGGUACAGAUGGGGUGUAAACCCAGUGUACCAGCUGUGUUCAUAGGGCAACAAUUCAUCGGUGGUGCUAACCAAGUAAUGACUCUUCAGGUCAAGAACCAGCUAGCCGCAAUGCUAAGAAGAGCCGGAGCCAUAUGGGUGUAACAGAAGACAAGAGAGUCAAAUGCAAACUAGGAUAGAAUAAGAUGAGAAUGAUACAUAUCGUUGUUUUGCUUCUUCUUUAAUUUUCGGGGUUUCGAG